AUGAUGGCUCGCCAACAGGACAACACACAGAAACGCUCGUCUAAAGAUUUCGAGAUCGCUAUCGUGGGUGGCGGAAUUGCCGGUUUAACUCUCGCAAUCGCUCUCUAUCAGCGGAACAUCCCGUUUAAAAUAUACGAGAGGGCACCACGGUUCCAGGAGAUCGGCGCCGGUGUGUCCUUCAGCCCAAAUGCGAUACAGGCGAUGAAAUGUUGCCACCAAGGUAUAUUCGAUGCCUUCGAGAGAGUCUGCACCCGCAACGGUUGGCCCUCGAAGCAAAAGGUCUGGUUUGACUACGUCGACGGUACCAACGAUGAAAACCAAGAGCCAGUCUUCUCCAUCUACACUGAUCUCGGCCAAAAUGGUGUUCAUCGGGCCCACUUCUUGGACGAGUUGGCCAAGCUCAUCCCCGAGAGUACUGCUGUUUUCGGGAAGGAACUCAAGGACAUCAGCGAGGGAGUCGACGGCAAGGUGGUUAUGACAUUCGCAGAUGGCAGCAGUGCGUCCGCUGAUGCUGUUAUUGGAUGUGAUGGGAUUAAAUCUCGGGUCCGAGAGAUUGUUGUUGGAGCCUCCCACCCGUCGGCACAUCCAUCUUACAGUUACAAAUACGCAUAUCGCGGCUUGCUGUCGAUGGAAAAGGCCAUUGAGGCCCUAGGCGAGGAGAGAGCGCGGAAUGCAUGCAUGCAUAUGGGCCCGGAUGGUCACGUACUUACCUUCCCUAUCGCCCAUGGUACGAAGUUGAACGUCGUGGCAUUCCGUACAACCUCCGAUAAUUGGGAUUACGACAGAAACACCAAGCCCUCCAGCCGGGAGGCUGCGCUUCGCGAUUUUGCGGGCUUUGGUAAAGCCGUCACCAGGAUCAUUGAGCUCACCGAAGAAGAGCCUACUGUGUGGGCAAUUUUUGAUCUGGGAGAUUACCCUGUCCCGACCUUUUAUAAAGGCCGCGUCUGCAUCUCAGGAGACGCCGCUCAUGCCACAUCGCCACAUCACGGUGCCGGAGCUGGAUUCUGCAUCGAGGAUACCGCUGUUCUGGCGGAACUACUCAAAGACGAACACGUCAGAAAUCCCACAGAUCUGGAGGCUGUGUUUGCAGCAUUCGAUGCGGCUCGAAGAGAGAGGUGUCAGUGGCUGGUCCAGAGCAGCAGACGGAUAGGGGAUUGUUACGAGUGGCGAGCCACGGGAGUUGGCAGAGAUUUCAAAAAGAUUGAGGAGGAAAUCAACGAAAGGAUGGGUAUCAUCUCUAGUUUGGAUAUUCAUGAGGCCUGCGAGCAAGCAAGGGAGUACCUCAAAAGGAACCUGGCUUAG